GCGGCUCUUCGAACCGGAAGUGGAGAGGAACUGUCGCGGGGCGCGUCUGGCCUGACUCAACGCCCGGCAGUCUCUGCCGUUGCAGCCGCCCUCGGCGCUGCCGAGGCUUCCCGCAGUCGCCAUGUCCGCCAGCGCCGUCUACGUGCUGGACUUGAAGGGCAAGGUGCUCAUCUGUCGGAACUACCGUGGCGACGUGGACAUGUCGGAGGUGGAGCACUUCAUGCCCAUCCUGAUGGAGAAGGAGGAGGAGGGCAUGCUGUCCCCCAUCCUGGCCCACGGGGGUGUCCGCUUCAUGUGGAUCAAACACAACAACCUGUAUCUGGUCGCCACCUCCAAGAAGAACGCGUGCGUGUCUCUGGUGUUCUCCUUUCUUUACAAGGUGGUGCAGGUGUUCUCCGAGUACUUCAAGGAGCUGGAGGAGGAGAGCAUCCGCGACAACUUCGUCAUUAUCUACGAGCUGCUGGAUGAGCUCAUGGACUUUGGCUACCCCCAGACCACGGACAGCAAGAUCUUGCAGGAGUACAUCACUCAGGAAGGCCACAAGCUGGAAACAGGGGCCCCGCGGCCCCCAGCCACUGUCACCAACGCAGUAUCUUGGCGGUCUGAAGGCAUCAAGUACCGGAAGAAUGAGGUGUUCUUGGACGUCAUCGAGUCUGUGAACCUCUUGGGUAAAUACCCAGGAGUGGGAUGGCUGGGUCACACGGUCAGUGCCAACGGCAACGUCCUGCGCAGUGAGAUCGUGGGCUCCAUCAAGAUGCGGGUCUUCCUCUCGGGAAUGCCGGAGCUGCGCCUGGGCCUCAACGACAAGGUCCUCUUCGACAACACGGGCCGGGGCAAGAGCAAAUCUGUGGAGCUGGAGGACGUGAAGUUCCACCAGUGCGUGCGCCUUUCGCGCUUCGAGAACGACCGCACCAUCUCCUUCAUCCCGCCAGACGGCGAGUUCGAGCUCAUGUCCUACCGCCUCAACACCCACGUCAAGCCCUUGAUCUGGAUCGAGUCUGUGAUCGAGAAGCACUCCCACAGCCGCAUCGAGUACAUGAUCAAGGCCAAGAGCCAGUUCAAGCGGCGGUCCACUGCCAACAACGUGGAGAUCCACAUCCCCGUGCCCAACGAUGCCGACUCGCCCAAGUUCAAGACCACGGUGGGCAGCGUCAAGUGGGUCCCCGAGAACAGCGAGAUCGUGUGGUCCAUCAAGUCCUUUCCAGGCGGCAAGGAGUACCUGAUGCGGGCCCACUUCGGCCUGCCCAGCGUGGAGGCCGAGGACAAGGAGGGCAAGCCCCCCAUCAGCGUCAAGUUCGAGAUCCCCUACUUCACUACCUCAGGCAUCCAGGUGCGCUACCUGAAGAUCAUCGAGAAGAGCGGCUACCAGGCGCUGCCCUGGGUCCGCUACAUCACCCAGAAUGGAGAUUACCAGCUCCGGACCCAGUGAGGGGCCACCGCAGCCAACACCCCGGCCCUGCCGGCUCGGGGUUCCUGGUGGGAGCACCGGGUUGUACCUGCCAAGCCCGCCAGAUGAGGAGGGCCACCCCCCAGACCCUGGCCGCCACCCCGGCCUCUGCCCAGGGACCUCCCUCCUUCUGCAGGCCACCUGCUCUGCCAUGGACACUCACCUCGGAAGACCUUUUCCCAAAGAGUCUGGCUCCUCAGGAGUCCUCUCUCUUUGUCCCCUGAAGUCCAGGGAAGGACGUGAGGUCGCCCCGCUAGAGGUACACGACAGCCUCCGUGCUGUCCCGCCCCAGCUGCCCGCGGCUCCGCUCCCUGCCUCCCAGGGCAGCGCCCACCUCGCUCGGCAGCAGGGACAUGGUUUCGUUGCCGUUUUGUUGAAGACGUUGUUUGUCGCUGUUCCCGGAGCUCGGCUUUGUGCGUUUCUUGCUGCUCCUGUGCCCGCCGUCCUCAGGGCAGCUCUCCGGGGCGGCCUCGCCACCGCCCGCGGCCCCCUCCCAUGAUGGCGGUGGCCUGCUGCCCUCAGCGGCUGCCUCUCGGGGGGCCCCUGGCCUGGGCUCACAGCCUCCCUGGUGGCACCGUCCCAGGGUCACCCAGACCUCAAGGCGCUGUCCCUCAGCUGGCUCAGUGUUUCCCCAAAGGACGCCUAGAGGGUGGGCGGUCACCAGCCCCGCCCGGCCCUGCCCGCCCACCGUGCUUGUCACAGCUGCAUUAAAUGCCAUCGCUGCA